UCGGGGUCGUCUGCCACGGCACGCGGUGUUUGAACUCCAAGGCAGCGCUGCAAGCCGCGUGCGACCGGCGUUGUCCUCGAAGUGGUAUCCCACCUUAUUGACGACAUGUCCCCUGUUUAAGCGCACUUGUAGGCCACCCAGUUCUGUGGCUCCUUUCAUUUCCUAAUUUUGUUCUCAGUCAUUUUCAGCCCGCCUACAUUGGUGUUUCGGAAAAGAGAUGCGUGCUCCUUUGCCGCGCAAGACGACUGAGUCGCGUUUUUCGGCAAUGGGCUACAAUUGCAAAUAAAAGCUGUGAACUACUAUUGUUCUUCUAGUGGAUUAACUGCAUUGACGUCGUUGGACUUAGUUGACGGUGGAAAAGACCUGACUGUCAGUUUCUGGACGAACCACCUUGUGAUGCGACUUUGCGUGUAAAGUCUCCUAAAGGAAGCCGCCGGCUAGGGAGACAGAAUGGGACCACCACUAUUCGCCAUCAAGGACUGUACGCCACCUUCGAAGCUUCUUUAUGUCGUCUGGUUUCUUAUUGGACUGGCCCUAGCAUUGGUUGCGAGACCAGUGGGUGCGAUCUCCGAGCCCCGGGCGCCGCACUUCCUGCACGAGCCGCCAUCGCGCGUCGAGUUCCUGAACGGCACGGGCGCCGUGGUGCCGUGCGUGGUGCACGGCUCGCCCGCGCCCCGGGUCACGUGGUCCACGCGCGCGGGUCAGCCACUGCACGAGGUGCCGGGUCUGCGCCACAUGCGCGCCGACGGCUCCCUCGUGCUGCCCCCGUUCCGAGCCGAGGACUUCAAGGAGGACGUGCACAGCGCCAUCUACCGCUGCCUCGGCACGAACUCGUUGGGCACCAUUGGCAGCCAUGACGUGCGUGUCCGCGCCGUGCUCAGACGCCGGUACGACGUGAAGGUGUACGAAGAAUUUGUCAUCAAGGGAAACACGGCUGUUCUACGCUGCCAUGUGCCUGAGUUUGUCCGAGAAUACGUCGCAGUGACCGCAUGGCUGAUCGACGAGACCGUCAAGGUCAGCGCAGGAUUCCACCGUGGAGACAGGUACAGCCUCUUUCCGACGGGGGAGCUGCACGUGAGGAGGGUGGACGCCACGGACGCCAUGUCGCGCUACCAGUGCCAGACACAGCACAGGCUCACGGGCGAGGUCGUCAACAGCCCGUCGAGCAGGAAGAUCACUGUCAGAGAAUCGUUCGCCAUGUCCCCUCGCAUCAUCGACAGCCGGCGUCAGGUGCGGGCCGACCAGGGCCGCUCGGCGCAAAUUCCCUGCGCCGCCCAGGGUAACCCCGUGCCCAGCUACCAGUGGUUCCGCAAGGUGCGGGGACAGGCGCUGCCCGUGAUGCAAGGAGGCCGCUUUCUACACCUCGACGGCACACUCGUCAUCAACCAGGUGACCUUAACCGACGCUGGAAUUUAUACUUGCUUCGUCAAUAAUACUUCUGGCUCGGACACCACUGACACUGAACUUCAAGUUACCGCGCCGCUCUCGGUGACGGUGCUGCCGCGCAGCCAGAAGGUGGACGUCGGCAAGUCGGCCACCUUCAACUGCUCGGUGAGCGGGUUCCCCGUGAACGGCGUCGAGUGGUACCGCAACCAGCGUCCGCUGCUUCGCGGAGUGAGCCACGCACCGUACAGCGUCACCGUGGUACCCGUACGCCGCGAGGACCGCGGCGUGUACCAGUGCUACGCGUUCAACGACCAGUCCUCGGCCCAGGGCGCCGCGGAGCUCACGCUUGCCGAUGACCCACCCAUCCUGCGCGAGACCUUCUCGGAACGCACCCUGUCGCCGGGCCCAUCCAUAUCCCUCAAGUGCAUCGCGGCCGGACGACCACUUCCCCAGGUGACGUGGUCCCUGGACGGGCUGCCGGUUCCCGAAAAUGUGCGCUUCCGCAUGGGCGACUACGUGACGAGCGAGGGCCACGUGGUGAGCUUCGUGAACAUCUCGGGCGUGCGGGCCGAAGACGGUGGCCUCUACCGCUGCAGCGCGGGAAACGACGUGGGCGUCUCUGAGCACUCGGCUCGCCUCAACGUGCACGGACCCCCGUUCGUGCGUCGCAUGGGUAACAUGUCCGUGGUCGCCGGGGAGACGAUGCGGCUAACCUGCCCCGUCGGAGGGUACCCCAUCGACGCCAUCACCUGGGACAGAGAAGGCCUCCGGCUACCGUACAACCACCGCCAGAAGACCUUUGCUAACGGCACGCUAGUCGUUCAAGACGUGGAGCGAGCGACGGACGAAGGCCUCUACUCCUGCACGGCUCGCAAUAAGGACGGCCUGACGGCGCACAACACCGUGUACAUCAAAGUGCUGGUUCGACCGGCCAUAGUGCCCUUCGCAUUCCCGGAGUCUCUGCAUCAGGGCCAGCGCUACAACGUUCUUUGCACGGUGUCCAAAGGCGAUGCGCCGGUCCACAUCAACUGGUACAAGGACGGCGUCCCCGUCAUCACUGCGGGCUUAGCCUCCGUGAGCGUGCUGAACGUGACGGAGUUCUCGUCGACUCUAAUCUUUGAGAAACUACUGCCGGAGCACCGAGGAAAUUACAGCUGCGAAGCCCGCAACGAGGCCGGCGUGGUCACGGUCACCUCCACAAUGGUAAUUCAUGUGCCACCGAUAUGGCGCAUCGAGCCAUCCGACACCAUGGUCGUUCGUGGUGGAACGGCCAUCGUCGACUGCCAAGCCGAUGGUUUUCCCGUGCCUCGUGUAAGGUGGACAAAAUCUGAAGGCGACGUUCCUGGUGACUACAGGGCCAUCAGCAGCAGUUCACGAAUCCACGUAUUUGAGAAUGGCUCACUUGCUGUCCACAACGCCGAGGAAAAAGACGCUGGCUUCUUUCUUUGUCAAGCUUCCAAUGGAAUAUCGCCGGUUCUGAGCAAAGUUGUAAAGCUCAGCGUCCAUGUGGCUGCGCACUUUAAAAUGAAAUUUAAGGCCGAAAGCGUUCAGAGAGGCCACAUCGCCAGGCUUCGCUGUGAAGCCUUUGGAGACAAGCCGGUUAUCAUUACCUGGUCAAGAGACAAACAAUCAUUCGACCCGAAGGAGGACCCUAGAUAUGAACUGAACGAAACAGUGCAUGGCGGUGGCAUCGUGUCCGAGAUAACGAUUCGGGGUGCGGACCGGCGGGACUCGGCCCUUUUCACGUGUCUCGCCAGAAAUGCCUAUGGGUCCGACGACACGAACAUGCAACUGAUCCUUCAAGAGCCGCCGGACAGCCCGCAAGAAGUUAAAUUGCUGGAGUACGGUAGUCGGCACGUGAAGCUUUCCUGGAUUACACCAUACAGCGGAAACAGCGCUGUCACGAAGUAUAUCAUACAGUACAGAGAAGACACAGAAUCAUGGCACCACAAGUCGUCCAACGUAACCGUACCGGGUUCGGAAACGACCGCAGAGAUUCGAGGCCUACGUCCGGUGACACUUUAUGUCUUCAGAAUUUUCGCUUUCAAUUCCUUGGGGCACAGCGACGCCAGUACCGAGACGCACGUGCGAACGGAUGUUGAAGCACCUGGCGGGCCACCACAGAAAGUCAGGGCUGAAGCAACAGGCUCACAGUCGAUCAAAGUAUGGUGGAAGCCUCCACGAAAAGACCUACAAUUUGGCCCAUUGAAAGGUUACUACGUGGGAUAUAAAGUGAAGGACACCACGGACACCUAUGUUUACAAGACUCUUGAGCUCACUCCUGCAAACCUUCACGACGAGUGUCACAUCACCAACUUGAAAAGAAACACCGACUACAGUGUCGUAGUGCAAGCUUUCAACUCGAAAGGAGCGGGGCCUCCAUCGGAGGAGAUAUUUGUUAAGACGCUGAAGAACGAUCCCCCAACCUCUCCGGCAGUCAAAGUUCAGUCUUCUACAUCAUCAUCCAUAAGCGUAUCUUGGAAAGCAUCCGACACGAACGAUGUCCUUGGUUACGUGCUGCACGUGCGGAAAGACUUGGGCGAGUGGAACAAGAUCAACGUGCCUCGAGAUGCAGCUGAGUACACCGUGGACCAGCUGACAUGUGGUGCUUCCUACCAAGUCUACCUAUCCGCUUUCAAUUCGGUUGGCAACGGGGGACCAAGCAAUAUUGUCUCAGCCAAAACAAUCGGAGUCGCACCUGUGGCUCCUGACAAGCCAUCACUGAUAACUAUCAACUCUACAUCAAUCGCGAUUCACUUGGACUCGUGGCAUGACGGCGGUUGUCCGUUCAUCGCUUUUGAAGUACGCUUCAGGAGGCAGAAGGACAAGGUAUGGAACGUCGUCGGACACAACGUUCCUCCUCAUCAGAAGCAAAUAAUGUUGAGCGACCUCAUCCCAGGUGUACCUUAUUUGCUUCAAGUAAUAGCGAAGAAUGAGGCAGGCAUAACCGAGGCCGAGUACGACUUCGUCACGCUGCCAGCAGCACAGGCACCAGCCACUCCAUCGUUGGUCGUAGAGAAUGAAGCGACGCCCUUCUACCUUGAGCUCGGCGUCAUUUUGCCUGCCUGCAUUUCUCUCAUUGUUGUUCUUGUCGUGGGUGUCCUCGUAUACUUCGUGCUGCGAAAGCGAUACUCCUCGGACAGCUCCAACAGUGGAAGUUCAGCUUACGGGUCGCGCAAGGCAACCCACCUCCAGGAGUGCCUCCACUUGUCCGAAGUCGACCCGAGCCUCGGUAAGAAGACGAUGUCGCUGGACGGCCGCCUGGACUACUACCCGACGCCGUACGCCACUACCCGUGUCACCGAUAUCGACGAGAGGAAAAUGUCCGAAUGCUCCUACAAGCAGGCCCAGGAGGAACCUCUUUAUGCCACCGUAAAGAGGACGCCUAGGCCUCCUAGGUCGGAUAUCCAUGUCUACAAUUAUCCUGUAUUAAGCUCUGCAGCCGACCUGGGAGACAGGCGGGCAUCAUCUAGUCACUGGAAAAUGGCGACGGCCGUGGUUAAGCUCGACGAUGGAGCGGAAGGCUUAGAGGUCAACCAUUCGCCGUCAAAGAGGUCCCAUCGAAUGUCUCAUAGGUGAAAUGAAAACGAGACCACGGACACAAAGCUGUUCCUACUGCGCCACUGAACUCCAAAGGGAAAAAGAAACAAUAUUAUUUUUUGCGACAGUUUCGCGCUAUGCUCAGAGACACUUUGCAAACGACGUGUACGGUACGGGUGCUGGCCGUCAACGAAAGCAGGAUGUGCUCACCGCGGACUCGUGUGUUUUUUGGACUGAGCACGUGGAGUGAAUUCUGAUCGUGCCUCACUGCGUUCUGACGCUUCGCGAGCCCACCAUCAUCAUCAUUAUCAUCACCACUAUCACACUGACCCUUCAUACAUCGAUGUGAAAGCAGCCUCUUCGUGCAUACAUAUCUUGUCGUGCGGUGUGAUAUCAAGAAACAUGGGAGCGCGAAGGCGAUCUUGGGUGCGUUGAUCGUGCUUUCCUUUUACACAUGCCUGUUGUUCUUGUCAAGUUGCUCUGUGGUGCUUCUUUCUGGAGAAGCUGCGAACGCUGACGUUGCAGACGCCAAACAGCAGCAACCGCCGUCAGAUUAAUGCGAAUUUUCGUUUUCAUAUUUAUAAGCAAACUUGUAAACAAACUGCAGAAGGCGAACACUUAGUUCUUAUCGGUGCAGGCGUACUCGGUUUCCACUGCCCCUAAAUGGUCCAUAUAUACCGGGUGUUUCAGCGAACCCUUUAAAUAUUUUUAAAGGUUGCCUGCGGCAGAUAGCACAAUUCUAGUUCAUGAGCUGGUUUACUUGAAGAGGCGUACAUCACUUGCACAGUAAAUUGAAAUGCAUUAUCGACUAAUUAACAAAAUAUAAGUACGUUUAUAACUAAUUACUUUAUGACCCAUAUUGCAAUUUACAAAUUCUAGGCAUGGAGUGCGCAAGGUGGAUCCACUUGAACCGAAUUCUCAGGAUGACACCAGUUUCGAGAUGUUAAUUCCCGAUCUUAACGGAGAAAUGCAUUGGCGUUCUCAUUGAAACACGACGUGAAAAUCGCAAAGAAACAAAUUCAUACUUGCUGCAACAUUUCGUGAUGCCCGUACGCGGAUUACGUAAAUAAUGGGAAGGAAUACGCCGUCUUGAAAGAUAGAACAACCGCAGGGACGACCCACGUGUUCGCGACCACUCAGAUACAACUUGUAAGCUUGCGCAUUGCUAAAAGGAACAGUCAACAGAUCACAACCUUUCUGUAAUGAUACUAUCGACAAUUUUUACCGCUACCUAGUUUUGCUUAAGUGAGAUUUCCUUUUACUAUUAUUUUAUCUUCACUUGUGGCAGAGCCAACUGGAAACUGCCUCACAACCUUUUACUCAUCAUCAUCACCAAUUGCAGUCUCAACAAAGGACUAAAGUCGCGGGCGUGAAAUUUCCCACGUUGACACGAAAGAAAAAUUAAAUGGUGUUACAGUUUGUUAUUGUAGUCUAUGACGUUGUCGUGAUGAACAUGUGAUACAGUGAAGAAAACAAAGACGUUUUAGGAAUGGGCAGUGCGGGUUCGGAGUUGUGUUCUUUUGGGCCAAACGUGCAGCGCACUCACUGCCAUAUCGAAUCGCCGUCGCAGAAAGAAUAGGCUUUUGUUUUGAAUGUGUGCAUUAGUGUGGCCCUAACCCGUUCUGUGUAUAUUUCAUCUAUGUAAAGUUGCACAUUUUGUUAAGCAAAUAUUCACACUGCGUCGACCACGAAUGUACAUACGGCAAAGUUGUUACGAUUGUAGUCUGAUGCUGUGUCUAUGCAUAAAGUGUUCAUACGAAAACAUGA